UUUUUUUCCUCUGGCAACACUGGUGCCUGCUAGUUUGGUUUUUGAAACUCCUGAGCAAAAUUUCAUAAAUUUAGACUGAAUUAUCAAUUUUCAAUACGUUGUGUAUAGUCUAAAACAUAAAAGUGAACAUCUUUCUUAUAAUUAAAUAGUCCAGCACUCCAAGUGACUUCAAAAAUUUUGGUUUUGCAUUCUAAACAAAUUUGGUGCGCGUGGGCUGUCGGCCAUCAUUACCUUUUUACCAAAACAAAAUGAUUUGCCCGGCAUGCGAAAAACCAAUAGGUGACCGUGAGUUAUUACGAUGCACCGCGUGUAAUAAGUGCUACAACUUCCAAUGCGUGAAUAUUUCGGUCUCCUACUAUCAGGCUAACCUACAAAAUCUGCGUCGUCUAUGGCAAUGUCCUGAAUGUAACGGCAAGAUAAAUACUAGACGGCGAGGCGACAGCACUCCGAUCCGCCGCCUACCUGAUGCAGUCAGUGCAGGUGCGCCCGAUAUGGAUAUGUCAUGUGAGGAAAUAGAGCCAGCUACUGAAAAUGCUGCAACUCAUCGCACAGGCUCUGGAGAUUCCGACAGUAUCACGUACGAUAAGUUUGCUGAACUGAUGGACAAGAAGCUGGAAUACAAACUUGGCACCAAAAUAGAUAGUCUGAAGUGCAUUCUGGAAGGCAAACUUGAGGCCAUGAUAACCAAUGCAAACCACAAUGCUGCUGCUGGGCCUGGCUCGGAACAAGAUGGAACGAUUGCACAGCUGCAGGAAUCUAUUGCAGAACUACGCUCGGACCUCAAUGAGCGGGAACAAUCAGCUCUGCUUACAGAUAUUGAGAUCUCUGGGAUCCCGGAGCUUGAUGGUGAGUCCCCACUUCAUAUAGUGAUGGCUGUUGCGAAAAAGCUGGGAACUAUUCUUGAGGAAAGGGACAUUGUGUCUGCCAUGCGCAUGGGACCAAGGCGCAUUGUCAGCAUAAGCAGCAGUGGACCCACAUCGCGGCCCCGCCCCCUGGUAAUCCGUUUGGCUCGGCGUGCUACCCGUGAUGAGCUGAUCAAGUGUGCUAGGGUGCGGCGAGGGGCAACCACAACAGACCUUGGCUUGGCAGCUCAUGACCCCAAGCCAUUUUACCUGAACGAGCGUCUCACAAAAUUCAACAGAAUUCUAUUUGGAAAGGUCAGAGUGAGUCGACAGCAAAAAAAUUGGAAGCAUGCUUGGACGAGGGAUGGCAGAAUAUAUGCAAGGCAAACUGAUGUCUCCCCAGCCUUCCUGAUCCGUUCUGAAGCUGAUCUAGAGCACAUUUUUGGUGUUAAUUUGCCUAAAUCUUCUACCUGAGCUAUUUAAUAUAUUUGUUUUUAUUCAAUGUGUCAUUUACCUACUUAGUGUCCAUUCUGCAUUGGAAUUUGUGUGUUCAUACUUGAUCAUAGGCUCUGUUAUUUUAUAUCAAGCUGAUUUUGAAUUGAAUAACAUACCGACACUGCUUUCAAACUGCAGUUUUGUCCUUUCUAACCUGUGCAUUCUACAUAGUUUAGUGGCAUUCCAGUUUUUACAUGUAGAAUCCUAUCAUUAUAAUGUUCCUUUUAACUUUUGGUUGUACCUUAUGUUAAUAUCAAAACACUUUAAAAUGUUAUCUAACUGUUAUUAUUGUUAUGUAACUAGUCUGAUGUUUGAAAAUAGUCUAGCCUUCCUGAUCUGUUCUGAAGCUGAUCUAGAGCGUGUUUUUGGUGUCAAUUUGCCUAAAUCUUCUACCUGAGCUAUCUAAUAUAUUUGUUUUUUCUUCAAUGUGUCAUUUACCUACUUAGUGUCCAUUCUGCAUUGGAAUUUGUGUGUUCAUACUUGAUCAUAGGCGCUGUUAUUUUAUAUCAAGCUGAUUUUGAAUUGAAUAACAUACCGACACUGCUUUCAAACUGCAGUUUUGUCCUUUCUAACCUGUGCAUUCUACAUAUUUUAGUGGCAUUCCAGUUUUUACAUGUAGAAUCCUAUCAUUAUAAUGUUCCUAACUUUUGGUUGUACCUCAUAUUAAUAUCAAAACACUUUAAACUGUUAUCUAACUGGUGUUAUUGUUAUGUAACUAGUCUGAUGUUUGAAAAUAGUAUUAAUGAAACAACCCUUGCUGUCUAUGUUUCUGUAUUAAACAUCUGUAGCAUUGUCGACAGCUAAUAUCUUCUUGUAUCUUACAUGUCUAAUGCUAUGCUAUAUAGUAGUCUACUGGAAAUAUGAAUAAUUAAACAACUGUUGCUUUUUUAUGAUUCUGUAUUAAAUAUAUGUGGCAUUGUUCACAUCAAUCAAUCAGUGCUACUUAUUCAUUUGCUGGAAAUUAAUAUUAUUUGUUACAUUAAUGUUUUCAAAGUACACUAGAAUCUUGCAUUAUAUUAUUGUGAUAGCUCAUAGAUAUGUAUUACUGUACCUAUAUUCAUGCCUGCAUAAUGUUUUUUUUAGUUCUGUCUGUCUGUGUGGUAAUGACUGUGUGUUUGUUACUGAGACUAGUAUUUAUAUAACAUAAACUAUAAUACCUACAGGUUUUGUUUGCUUAGUGCUAUUUCACCUACUUAUAUCAAUAUACAUAAAUACUGUUCUUGAAUUAAUUAACAUGCCCACACUAUUUCCAUGCAGGAGCAUUGGGCUGUUUUACAUCUGUGUAUUGUACCUACAUAAUUAUUUUUAUUAUGUGAUAUUCCUCUGUGUACUUGUGGGUGCCUAUAAUCAUAGACUAAAUAAUCCUCAAUAUUUUCUGAUAUACCUUAGCAAUGAGUUGAAACUAUGUAACUAUUGUUUUGUGGUUGUCUUUGUGUUAUAUACAUACUGGAGGUGUACUAUGUACCAGUUAGGAUGUUGCUUGCUCAAUUUAAAUUCAGACAGGUUGAGUGUUGAAGUGGAACAGGAGACUGAUUCUUUUUCAGCCACAUAUGUGUGGCACAGGUGCUGUGAUGAUGGUUUUGUCCUUUUCAUAGUAUAUACUGGGCAUUUUCAGCUUGAAAACAAAUCUGUUUUAUUUAUUUGUCAUUUGCACUGGUUUAUUAUGCAUACACUUUAGUAAGUGGGUAGGUAUGCCACCCUGAUCUCUUUUCCAUGAAUAAUAACAAAUUCUUAAAAUUAGGUCUAUUUAAUGCAGGUUCUUUAAAUACAGGACAUGAUGACUUUAUUUUCGCAAUGGAUCGUUUUCAGGCAGAUAUAGUUGCUAUAAAUGAGACGUGGCUGGGCCAGGGACAGGGGGCGUGCGCGCCCUCAGUGCCGGGCUACAGGCUACGCCAUGCACCCCGCCCCGCACACAUGGGGCGCUCUCGCGGGGGCGGUGUUGGUUUUUAUAUUAAGAAUAAUAUUAAUGUGCGUUACCUAAAUCACCCUUCAGUUAAUGUAGAACAAUACUGGAUUUCAACGCGAGUUAAAGGAUACCGUAUAGCUAUAGGUACGGCUUAUAGACCGUCGUGGAUAAAUCUAGAUGUAUUUAUUGAUGCCUUAACAGAAUCAGUAACUUCUUUUUCUAAUCAUGAUCAAGUGGUCCUACUAGGUGAUUUUAAUGUUAAUAUGAUGGAUAUGAGUACUAAUGAAGCUAAAAAAAUUAACCAAUUUAUUGAUUACCUACAUUUAAAACAAGUAGUUACUCAGCCUACACAUUACUCUGUGGGUAAUGAGACUCUUAUAGACCUUGUUUGUACUAAUAUAAAAGUUAGUGAUGUCACUGUCACCAAUAUCACCGGGUCGUUGGGACACGCCAUGAUAAAUGUAACUUUAGCCAUAAAAAAAAUUAAACCCCCAGUUAAAUUCUUAACUUUUAGACCUAUAAAUCAUAUAAACUUAGAAAACUUUAACAGAGAUCUUUUUGCAUUAGACUUCGAAGCUUUAAUUAGUUGCUCUACAGUGGAUUUGGCAGUAAAUCAAUUUAACAUCUUAAUAACAUCACUCUUUGAUAAACAUGCACCUGUUAGAUCCAUUAGGGUUCGAGAGGGUCAGUCUCUCCCGUGGGUGACUGACUCUUGCAAGCUAAUGAUUGACUUACGUAACAAAGCACAUGAGAAAUUUAGACUAACUAAAUCCGAUGAACAUAAAAAGCACUAUAAAGAUUUAAAAAAACUUGUCGUUACUAGUAUAGCCAAUGAAAAACGCGCCUAUUUUGAUCAAUUUAUUAAUACCCAAAUUAAUGAACCGAAAAAGCUUUGGAAAAAUUUGAAGAAUAAGGUCUUAGUCGAUCCUUCUAAAAGUGACAGCUUACCAGAUUCUUUUAAUGAUCCAAACAAAAUUAAUGAGCAUUUUUUAGAUAUUCCUGGUACUAACGAUGUUCCUGUUUCCAACCUUGACUUUUUUACUACUCACCGUUUUGGUACUGCUGUGUUCGAGCUUAACCCAGUCUCUGAAACUGAGAUUGCCAGAUAUAUUGUUGCUAUAACAUCCAAUGCUACAGGCAUAGAUGGUAUUAACCGGGAUAUGAUUUUGCUUACACUUCCACAUACUUUAACAGCUAUUACUGCUAUCGUUAAUAGGUCUAUUACUGAACAGUCUGUUCCGAAGUGCUGGAAAUCAGCACUAAUUAACCCACUGCCUAAGGUCGACCAACCCACUUCACUUAAGGAUCUAAGGCCAAUUAGUAUUCUACCUUUUUUAUCAAAACUAGUAGAGAAAGCCGUCUACACCCAACUUAUAAAAUUUAUUGAGGAAAACAAUAUACUUCCAUCCUUACAGUCUGGAUUCCGCAAGAAUCGUGGUACAAUUACUGCAUUGCUUGAUGUUACAGAUAAUAUUCUGGCUGAACAGGACAUAGGUAAUGCGACGAUUCUAUCGUUGCUGGACUUCUCACGUGCGUUUGAUUGCCUGGAUAUUGAUCUGCUUCUAGCUAAAUUAACUUACUAUGGUAUAAGUGGUCAUGCCAUUGAUUGGUUCAACAGUUAUCUGUCGAAUAGAACCCAGUCUGUCAAACUAAUGCUGAAUAAUGGCACUAGCAUCACAUCAAAUCCUUUACCCGUUAGUCGUGGGGUACCGCAAGGCUCAAUCCUUGGUCCCCUUUUGUUUAUAAUUUAUAGCACGGAUCUAACCGCUGAAAUUAAAUAUUGUAAGUACCACUGUUACGCUGAUGAUGUUCAACUCUAUGCAUCAGUCGCACCGGAUAAUUUGCAAAAAGUACUGGAGGGAAUCAAUGGUGAUCUUGAUAACAUAGAUAACUGGUCUAAAGAUAAUGCAUUGGUGCUGAACCCAUCUAAAUCGAAAUAUAUGGUUUUGGGCUCCACUAUGCAGGUCAGAAACAUUAUUAAUACUAAUGCUUUAACUAUAAACAUGAAAGGCCAGAGUAUUGAACGCGUUCACGAGGCAAAGUGUCUGGGUUUGCUCCUUGAUAGUGGUUUAAAAUUUGAAAAUCACAUUCAGAAUAUUGUCAAAAACUGUUUUUUCCGUCUUAAAGUUCUAUAUAAAAUCCGCUCCUUACUAACAGAAAAAGUACGCAUUACGCUGUGUGAGACUCUAAUCCUCUCUAGGCUGAAUUAUGGAGAUACUGUUUACGGCCCUUGUCUUCUUGAGCGAACUCGGCGUCUAAUACAGCGGGUGCAAAACGCCUGCUGUCGUUUUUGUUUUGACGUACCACCUCGAGGACACAUUACUCCUUUUCUAAAUAAAGCAUCCAUGCUAAACAUGGAGGCCCGAAGGUACCUGCAUACUUGUAGCCUAGUUUUCGACGUGUUAAAGUUUCAAAAACCUGAAUACUUGUUUUCUAAACUUUGUUUCUCCCCUUUUCAUGACAGGUAUGGUACUAGAUCUUUCCGCCCAAUUUUGUCUGUCCCUAAACAUGUUAGCGCCGCGUUUGAAGGAAGUUUCCGUUAUCAAGCAACAAAAUGCUGGAAUAAUAUUCCACCACCUAUAAGGCUCUUAAAAAAUAAAAUUAAUUUUAAAAAUAAAAUAAAAUUGUUUCUUCUUAUUAAGCAAAAGACUUGAUAACAAAUUUAGUUAUCUACAAUAACUAUUUAUUCAUUACAUAUUUUCUAUAUUUUUGUUACAUCCGGCGCAGAUCGUCUAACAAUAAAUACAUUCAUGCAAUAUUAAUACUAUGGUGGGUGCUCUGUCAUCCACUGAGUACGACCCUGUGUCUCUUGCUGGUUAGCUGCACACCUUUACAACAUUAUCAAACUAAAAUAGGUAAUUUUUCUUCAAAACAAUAUAUUUUAAGUAGUUUAUUUUGCUCACAAUUUAUGUAAUUCGGCACCCUUGGAACAAUUAAAUGGGAGGUAACUGAAAAUCAGCGGUUUGCUCCUGGAGUAAACAUCCACGCUGAGUUACUUCACCCUUUUGGUCCGCUUCAACACACAACCUGCCAAGUACAAACCUGUCUUUAUCAUAGCUACUAUUUACCUAGUUAUAAGUACAAAUGUGUAUAUCUGUAAUUGUGAUUUGUUGUGUAUGUAAGAAAGUGGAUCAAAUAAACGCUUUAUCUAUCUAUCUAUCUAUCUAUCUA